AUGGACGUCUCCGAAUUAAUUCUAACGACGUGUCGCCACACGCAACAAUGGUCCGCCGCCCUGUGGGACUCUUCAACGGGGAGCAUUGUCCACUGUUACAAAAACGGCGGAGUUGUGGCCCCCAAGACCCUAAACCUGCUCGGAGACGACUACCUCCUCACCUCGGACGACGCCAAGCCCAUAACCCACGUCUGGUGCGUAAACAGCCAAGAAGUUGAGAAAAAAAUGAGCACAAUUCACUCCGAGAAAAUAACAGCGAUGUCCGUGUGCCCCCAGUCGUGUUACAUAGCCGCUGGCAUUGGCACCAAACUGCACUUGUGGCACCUGCCUUCGGGCAAGUUGUUAUCGAUCCAGAAGAAGAACUACCAGCCCAUAACUUGCGCGAAAUUUUCCAACGAUGGAGCGUUCGUGGUUGUCUCAGGCCAGGACGGGAUGUUGGUCGUGUACAGUUUAGCCAGUCUGGUGAGUUUGCACAACAACUUCGUCUCGCAAAGCGGGGGCCAGGUGGAGCCAAUUUACACAAAACACGACCACAGUCUGCCAAUAAACGACCUCCACGUGGGCAAUUUCGGCCCCAAGUCGCGCCUGGCCACCGUCUCGAGCGACCACACGUGUAAAAUCUACGUCCUAUCAACGGGAACCUUACUCCUGAACUUAAUUUUUGAUAGCCCCCUCACUAGUGUUAUUUUCGACGGCCCGUGUUGGAGCCUCUUCCUGGGGCACAACUCGGGCCGCAUCCAACAGUUCUACCUGAAAGAGCCCCCAAGGGGGGUGGAGCACCACGUCUCGGGCGAUUUAGUGUUUCAAGGACACAGCAAACGCGUCACUUGUCUCGAUAUGGGGGCGGCUAACGGGGUGCUGGUCUCGGGUUCUGACGAUUGUUUUGUGUUUGUGUGGGAAAUUGCCAGUCGGCAAAUUUUGCGCAGGAUCGAACACAAGGGGGCUAUUACGAACGUUAAGUGCGUUUUGAAGCAUGAGAAUUUUUUUGUGCAGAAUUUAAGGGCUAAAGUUGUUGUGAGGAAUUUUGAUAGGGGGUUGAUACAAGGGGAAGAUUUUGUUUUGGGGAAGAUUCAACAGUUUGAUCUUGAUUUGGAGGAGGGGAGGGACGAGGGGGCGAAGGAUGUGAGUAGUGAGUUGAAAAAUGAAAAUGCCAGGUUGAGGUCUGUUAAUAAACAAUUGUAUGACACUGCGAUAAGGAUCAGCCGAAAAUACAACAAUUUUUAAUUUGUUAUAAUAAAUUUUGAAAAUAUU